AGUAAGAUUGUGUGGUUGAUUUUCUCAAAAUUACUUGCUUCCAUAAAACUAAAAAAAGAUGGGAGAAGGAGACAUAAAAGAAGAAGAAACACAAACUUGGAAGAAACAUAGUGGUGGUUGGAUCACCUUCCCCUUCAUCAUAGGUUGUUUGGGUUGCAUGACAUUGACGGCAGGAGGAUUUCUUGCAAAUUUGAUAGUGUAUUUGAUUAAGGAAUACAACAUUAAUAGUAUUAAUGCUACUCUCAUUUUCAACAUUGUUAAUGGAUGUGUCUGUGCUUUUUCUAUUAUUGGAGCUGUUCUUGCUGAUUCUUUCUUUGGAUCUUUCUUUGUCGUUGCCAUUUCCACUUCCAUUGCUCUUUUGGGUAUGAUUUCCCUUACACUAACAGCAACAAUCCAUUCUCUAAGGCCACAAUCAUGUGAUCAUAUUAAUACCUCAUCCACAUGUUCUUCACCUUCAAAACUCCAAUACACAAUCUUAUACAUCAGCAUUAUUUUAGCAAGUCUUGGAUGUGGAGGUUCUCGUUUCACUACAGCAACUCUUGGUGCAAAUCAAUAUGAUACAAUUAAAAACCAAAACAUUUUUAUUAAUUGGUUUUUUGUCGCUCUUUAUUCUGGAUUUGUUGCUAGCUCCACAGCCAUUGUCUACAUUCAAGACAAUGUCAGCUGGGGUUGGGGCUUUGGCAUUUGCCUCGCCACUAACAUCAUUUCUCUUGCUAUUUUCUUGAUCGGAAAACGGUUCUAUCGCCUUGAUAAGCCAAGAGGGAGCCCCUUCACUGCUCUCGCUCGAGUUCUCGUCGCCAAUGCUUUGAAAAGGCUUGAUCGAGCACCAUCAAGCACGGAGAGGGAUAAUGGUUGCUACUAUCAAGGUAAGGACCAUCAUUUGAGGAAUCAAGCUGGAGAUGGAGUGUUGACAAAGAGUUUUAGGUGUUUGAAUCGUGCAGCUCUAAUAACACAAGGAGAUGUCCAUUUGGAUGGAACCAUUGCAAAACCUUGGAGGCUUUGUAAAGUACAAGAAGUAGAAGAUUUCAAAACUUUACUUAAAAUCUUCCCUCUUUGGACAACUAGCAUUUUCCUCGCUGUCCCUAUUGUAUUCCAAGCAAGCUUAAUUGUCCUCCAAGCCCUAACCAUGGAUCGUCAUCUUGGUCCAAACUUCAAAAUCCCUGCGGGCUCUUUCUCUGUCGUCAUCUUCAUCUCCACCACCAUCUCACUAACCCUAAUCGAUCGGUUUCUUUACCCUAUUUGGCAAAAGUUGAUUGGACGAAUGCCACGACCUCUCGAACGCAUCGGCCUUGGCCAUGUUUUCAAUUUUAUUUCUAUGGUAGUGUCAGCAUUAGUAGAAUCAAAGAGACUUAAGAUUGCUCAUGUUCACCACCUUCAAGGCCAAGUUGAGGCAAUAGUGCCAAUCUCAUCCAUGUGGCUUUUCCCACAACUAGUUUUGGUUGGCAUUGGAGAAGCUUUUCAUUUCCCUGGACAAGUUGGAUUGUACUAUCAAGAAUUUCCAAUGUCGCUGCGUUGCAUGGCAACAGCGUUGAUUUCGCUGGUGAUUGGCAUUGCAUAUUAUCUUUGCACAGCUUUGAUCGAUCUAUUCCAUAGGGUUACAAAAUGGCUACCCAAUGAUAUCAAUCAAGGAAGACUUGAUAAUGUUUAUUGGACGAUAUCAGUGAUUGGAGCAGUUAAUUUUGGGUAUUACCUAGCAUGUGCUAGAUACUACAAGUACCAAAAUGUUGAAAAUGAUGAGAAUGAUGUUUCUAUUGUUGAAGAUUGAGAGCUAAGAAGCACAAAUAUGAAUACGAGACACGAACAUAGCGUUAGACCAUAUUUUAUAAAUGUAGGACACGAUGUGGUAAGGACAAUACAUUUAUCAAAAUACACAUUUAACAAACAUAUAUCUUUUUUUACGGUAAAAAGAAAUUUCAAUAUAAAUAGGUUGAUGCAUUUAUAUGCUUAAAAACUUAUAAGUUUGAUGUAUUUCACCCUAAGAAAGUUAUUAUUUAUUGUCAUA